AUGUCAAGCACCACUACUUCAAGUACGGCCUUCCAUGGCCUUCCUGUCAUCCCAGCCUCCGAGCCCCUCACCACGACGGCCCCGCGGAAGAUACAGAAGAGCUUUCUUGCUAUCGAACAAUCCGAGGGUGCGGGCGCGAGAGUAAGAAGGAGUAUCGGGACACCGCAGUUGAGGAAUUUCUCACCGUUUCUGAUGCUGGAUCAUUUUGCAAUCCCCCCGGGCGCAGGGUUUCCUGACCAUCCACACCGCGGCCAGGAAACAAUAACAUACCUACUCUCGGGCGCCGUCGACCACGAAGACUUCGCAGGCCACAAAGGCACAAUCGAGACGGGCGAUCUGCAAUUUAUGACAGCGGGCCGCGGCAUCGUGCACGCCGAGAUGCCGCGCCAGAACGCCGAUGGUUCGCCAAACGUUGGUAUACAGCUUUGGGUCGAUCUCCCCAAGGCCCUGAAGGCCUGCGAGCCACGAUACCGCGAUUUGCGCGCCAAGGAAAUCCCAGAGGCAGUUGCGGAUGAUGGGAAGGUCAAGGUCAAGGUUAUUAGCGGGCAGUCAUAUGGCACUGAUUCGGUGAAGGAAUUGGCGUAUACACCUGUUUGGCUGCUAGAUUUCACGGUCAAGCCUGGUGGUCAUGUUAAGCAGGCGCUGCCCAAAGGCUGGAAUGCGUUCGCGUAUACACUAUCUGGGACUACGAUUUUCUCCUCCGACAGGGUGUCUCGACCUGUUGAACAAUACCACAAUGUUGUUUUCGAGAAGGAGGGCGAUAGCAUCGAAGCCGCUGUCGAAGAGGGCGCGGAGUCGGAAUCGAGGUUUAUUCUUGUCGCGGGAUUGCCGCUCGAUCAGCCGAUUUUCCAGUAUGGACCGUUCGUGCUGACAAGUAGGGAUGAGGUUAUGCAGGCUAUGAUGGAUUACCAGGGGUACACGAAUGGGUUUGAGAGAGCGGCGGGUUGGGAGAGUGAGAUUGGGAGGAAUAUGGUGCAUUAA